UCAUAUGACGCGGGAGGCGGGGCGCCGCGGUUUUUUGAAUUCGUUCUGCUCGCUGCAGGCUGGGCAGACGCUGCUUUUCGCCAUGUCGUUCCCGAAGGCUCCUCUCAGGCGCUUCAAUGAGGCACCAACUUGUGCCCCAUCACCAGGCGCUUACGAUGUCAAAACUUCAGAUCCAUCAAAAGGACCUGUGUCUUUUGACAAGUCCCAACGAUUCAAAGAGCAUAUGGAGGAUGCAGGAAUUCAGCAGAAUGUUACCAGUAUGAAAUCUUCAUCAACUGCUGCAAGAAAACUUGACUCGAAAAAUUUAAAGCCAAACAGCUCGGGAAUGAAAGCAGGAAAGGAUUUGGCCAGCAAAAAAGACCUGAAAACAUGCAAGGAGUUGGAAAAAGAGAUUCGGGUGCUGCUUGGAGAACGUGGCCAGCAGGAUAAAAGGCUGCAAGCUCUGGAGGAAGAUCUUGCAAAGUCUGAGUCAAAGCUGUCUGCUGCAAUUAGGGAGAAAACCUCACUUUUGGCGAAUAUUGCUUCUCUGGAAAAGCAGCAGCUGGAGUUGAUCAGGACCAAUGAAUUACUGAAAUCAAAGUUCCUUGAAGAUGGAACACGGAAGAAUACAAGGCUAUGGAUAGAGGUAAUGAAGCUGCGGAAUCUUAGGAAUGCAAAGAAGACAGGCCCCGUUAAACAGGAAGACACAGAAAUGAAACUGCACAAAGUUCAAAAAGACUUGGUGCAGUCACAGGAAAAAGUAGCACAGCUGGAAGAGCAACUGACAGCAAGUGAAAAGCAAGCUGAAGAGACAUGUGACUUAGAGAAUCUCCUGGAAUACAUUGCAGAACUUGCCAAUGUUUCAGAACAAGUUGAUAAAUACAAGCUGGAUGUCAUCCAGUUAGAGACAAUAAUAGAAGCCAAGAAUAAGGACAUUGACACAUUGCAAAAUACUCUUGAAACGAAAGAAGCAACGCUGUCUACAGAAAUUGAAGAACUGCAUGAAAGAUGCAAGUUGCUUGAACAGCAAAAAGAGAAAUGCUUAAUUGAAUAUGGAGAAAAGGAGAAAACGGCAAAUGCGCAAAUAGAUCUUCUGAAAGAAAAACUGAUUCAAGAAGAACAGGAGCGCCAAAAGCAGAAGGAAGCCUAUAAUGUGGCCUCUGCUAAUUUGCGUCAGGGAUUGGAAAGAGAAUUGAGAGAAACCAUGGCUGAGUUGGAGAGACUGCACGCUAAAGAAGACCAAGUUGAGAUGGUGGUGAAACACUUGGAAAAUGUGAAGGAAUCCCAAGCUGAGAAGCUAGCAGCACUGGAAGCAGAACUGAGAGGGAAAACUGAAGAGUUGGAGAAGUUAGGUUCAUUGCGCAGAAGUACCGUUGUGAAGAUGCAAGAAGAGCAUAGCAAUACUCUGUGUAGGCUUGGGGAGACUGUUGCUGAAUUUGAAACUUACAAAGCUUUUGUGGUCCAAGAAAUCACAUCCCUCAAACAAGAGAAAACGGCCCUGCAGGACAGAUUACUUGAGAUGAGCAAAACUGUUCAGCAUAUGACCCAAAAGAUGGAAGAUGCGCAGCUUGCCAAAGAAAUGGCGCAGGAAGAAAAUGCAAGGAUGAUUCUGGAUGCCCAGACAAAAGUAGCAUUAAAAGAUGAAGAAAUAAAAAGAAUCAAAGAAUCGAGUAUUGUGGAAAUUGCUAAUCUGCAAGCAAAACUUGAAGAACAAAGUGAAUACUUUAAAAAGCAACUUGAAAUAGAAAGGAGAACUGUUGCUGAAAAAGUAGAAGCUGAUUGCAGAGAGAGCCUGGAAACAUGGCGUACCCAGUACGAAGACCUGCUUAAUAAAGUCAAACCCUUUCAGAAACAACUUGAUGCAUACGAGGCGGAGAAGAAUGCCCUUUUGAAUGAGAAUGGUGCUGCCCAAGAAGAGCUGAACAAACUUAGCGACGCAUAUGCCAAGCUGUUGGGCCAUCAGAAUCAGAAGCAGAAAAUCAAACAUGUAGUGAAACUGAAAGAAGAGAAUGCACAACUGAAACAGGAGGUAUUAAAACUACGAUCUCAAGUAGCAAAGGAAAAGAAAGUUCGGGGAGAGCUUGAGGACCAAAUGAAUGCGAUUCAAGGCAUCAAGCGAUUCGAUCCUUCUAAAGCUUUUCAGCAUUCUGUCAAAGAAAAUGUCAGUCCAAAAACACCUUUUAAAGAAAGUAACAAACAAAAUCCAGCCUUAUUUCUAUGGAACAGACCAUGAAACAAACCCACGUUGCUGCUUCAUAUGUGAACAUAAUACAAGUCUUGACUUUUAAAUUCAACUGAAUGGUGUCUUUAAACAUUAAAUUCAACUGAAUGGUGUCUUUAAACAUGUACUUUUAAAAUCUCUUGAAAUUAAAGCAACUAUUAAAGAUCUCCUUUCACAGUG